GUGAGUGCAUGUUCAAUUUGCCAGGGAUUCUGAUCACUGGCUGACCCUCGUCCUCGGAGUCAGACCUUGAGUGGUUGGUGUAUCUGACAUACCCAACGAGGAACCGACAAGCUACUGUUCAGGCUGUACCAUGCUGCGCUCCAGUCCCCACAAAAUGAGCAAACUCCAUUGGAGCUGUCCACCAUUCUCGCUUGCGGCCAGGGCUUGCCAACCCAGAGGAAUGCAAUGUCAGCCCUUGUUUAGUGUGAGUUUUGAGAGCCUCAGUCAGAAGGGUCGUUUCUCAUCUUUGGCCCGUACUCUCAUCUGUCAGGUGGUCUGCCCGGGGGCGACCGCAAUGUGUGAAGCCAGAACAAUGACCUUGUCGAUUUCUGUGCUUCUCGCAUGCUCCUCAGAAACUUGGGCACUGGAGGAAGUUGAACAACCUCGUGGAUACCGGCAGAUCAAGUAUCUUCAUAUCGCACUUUGUGCUUCGGAGGAUCGAGACUUUCAUCAUGGGAGCUGGAGUAGCUGAGCCAAAAAGAAUGAGACCGCGACCAAGGAUGGAGGGAAGAAAAAUGCAGAACAAAGAAAGCAACGAUAAAGUGAAGAGAAGCCAUAGUGAGGAACAACAAGAGAAGAAGGAAAUCAAGAAAGGGAGAGAAACAAGAAAAAAUAAAAACAAUAGAAGAAGAGAAACAAGA